AGUAAAACCCUAAAACCCUAGUGGAUGGUUCUGGAUCCUCCUCGUCUCCUCUCUUCCUCUCCCUUCUCCUCCCUCUAAAAUCCGCCUCCUCACCCUUGGCAUUCCCUUUCCUCCUCCCCAAGAAACAGCCGAAGCUCGCACAUCAUCUCACCUCGGCGCCUCGCCCCCCUAGCCUCUACGCACCUCGACUCCGGCGCCAUCUCGCUGCAUUCGCCAUGUACCGCGCGGCCGCCAGCCUCGCCUCCAAGGCUCGGCAAGCCGGGAGCAGCGCUCGCCAGGUUGGAAGCAGGCUUGCCUGGAGCAGGAACUAUGCCGCCAAAGACAUCAGGUUUGGUGUCGAGGCCCGUGCCUCGAUGUUGAGGGGUGUCGAGGAGUUGGCAGAUGCGGUGAAAGUGACCAUGGGUCCUAAGGGUCGCACUGUGAUCAUUGAGCAGAGCUUUGGUGCCCCAAAAGUCACAAAGGAUGGUGUGACUGUUGCGAAGAGCAUUGAAUUUAAAGAUAGAGUCAAGAACGUUGGUGCAAGCCUUGUAAAACAGGUUGCUAAUGCAACAAAUGAUUCUGCUGGAGAUGGUACUACAUGUGCCACUGUUUUGACAAAAGCAAUAUUUACUGAGGGUUGCAAGUCUGUAGCCGCUGGAAUGAACGCAAUGGAUCUAAGGCGUGGAAUCUCAAUGGCGGUUGAUGAUGUUGUGACAAACCUAAAGGGCAUGGCUAGAAUGAUCAGCACUUCAAAGGAAAUAGCACAGGUGGGUACAAUAUCAGCAAAUGGCGAAAGGGAAAUUGGUGAGCUGAUUGCUAAGGCUAUGGAGAAGGUUGGAAAAGAAGGUGUAAUCACCAUUGCGGAUGGUAACACCCUUUAUAACGAGCUUGAAGUUGUGGAAGGCAUGAAGCUCGACAGGGGUUACAUCUCUCCUUACUUUAUUACCAACCAAAAGACCCAGAAAUGCGAAUUGGAAGACCCCUUGAUCUUGAUCCAUGACAAGAAGAUUUCGAACAUGCAUGCAGUAGUUAAAGUGUUAGAGAUGGCUCUGAAGAAGCAAAGGUCUCUACUGAUUGUUGCUGAAGAUCUAGAAAGCGAGGCAUUGGGCACUCUGAUUAUCAACAAGCUCCGUGCAGGCAUUAAGGUCUGUGCCGUUAAAGCUCCUGGUUUUGGGGAGAACAGGAAAGCAAAUUUACAGGACCUUGCUAUCCUUACUGGCGGAGAAGUCAUAACUGAAGAGCUUGGGAUGAACCUUGAGAACUUUGACCCGGAGAUGUUAGGUACAUGCAAAAAGGUGACUGUUUCUAAGGAUGACACUGUUAUUCUUGAUGGAGCUGGAGACAAGAAGAACAUUGAGGAGAGAGCAGAUCAGAUUAGAUCUGUAAUUGAGCAAAGUACUUCUGAUUAUGACAAGGAAAAGCUGCAAGAGAGGUUGGCAAAGCUUUCUGGAGGUGUUGCGGUUCUAAAGAUUGGAGGAGCAAGUGAAGCUGAAGUUAGUGAGAAGAAGGACAGAGUUACAGACGCACUUAAUGCCACUAAAGCUGCUGUUGAAGAGGGUAUCGUGCCAGGAGGUGGUGUUGCCCUUCUAUAUGCAUCAAAGGCUCUGGAUAAAUUGCAGACUGCAAACUUUGACCAGAAGAUCGGCGUGCAGAUCAUUCAGAAUGCUUUGAAGACACCAGUGUACACCAUCGCAUGUAAUGCAGGCGUAGAAGGGGCAGUUGUUGUUGGCAAGCUUUUGGAGCAAGAGAACACUGAUCUUGGAUAUGACGCAGCUAAAGGUGAAUAUGUGGACAUGGUGAAGGUUGGUAUCAUUGACCCACUGAAGGUGAUCAGAACUGCCUUGGUGGAUGCUGCUAGUGUGUCGUCUCUGAUGACCACAACGGAGGCCAUCAUCGUAGAGGUUCCUAAAGAGGAGAAAGAGGCACCUGCAAUGGGUGGCAUGGGUGGAAUGGACUACUAAGCCAUGAAUACGCACGCUAUGUGAAGCAAACUGGAACAUAUUGGUUAGGGGAUUUUUUUGGGUGUAGUCCCAUUUUUGAUGUAAUUUUAUUGUCGAUGGGUUGACAGUUUUGAUCGUGCGGACGAUGUUCCGAACGGAACCAGCGUUGGGACGAAUAAUAAAGAGUAGUCGCGAGAGCUGAAACACUUGAUCGGAAACUGAUUAAUGACGCCUGCUGAAGGCCAAUUGAUGAAGAGUUGCGCGUUUUGAAGAUGUUUUUUUCA